AUGUCUACGCAUCGAAAGACCUUUAAAAAUCAACUGAAAAGGUUUAAUAGUAAUAAUAAUAGCACAUCAACGGAAUUAUCUAAUUUAGUUGAAUUGUUUCCUGAUUGGGAAUCUGAUGAAUUGAAUUCAUUAUUAGGAGAAAAUGAUCAUUCUUUAGAAAUUGUAAUUGAUUUGAUUGUUAAUAAUAAAGUAUCAAAAUGGGAACCUAUUAAGAAGGAAAAAAAUAAAAAGAAAGAAGUUAAAGAAGAAGUAGAUACUAAUAAUAAUAGUACCAUCGUUAAUAAUAAUUCUUCAACUUCAACAAGUUCACAUCAUCAAACUAAUGAUAAAAAAUUCCCAAAUAAAUCUAAACCUUCAACUCGAGCUCCAAGAACUAAACAAAAUCCAUCAAAAAAACCAAUUAGAAAUAAUGAAAAAUCUGCUACUAAUUCACAAUCUCAUGGGGAAUCAAAAUCAAAUGGUGAUUCAACUGGAUCUUGGGCUUCAGCAUUGGGUACUGAUAAACCUUCAAUUAAAAAACAACAAAGUCAAUCACAACAAUUAGAUAAGUCAAGUGAAGAAGCUACUACUACCACAUCUAAUGAUAUAGAACCAACUGAAACUUCAGAAGAAACACCUUCAACAGAACACUCAGAUUCAGAUGGUCAAAAAGAUUCAGCAUCAGUAGAAAAAACUAAACCAGUAUUAAAAGAAGCUUCAAUACCAGAAUUAAAACAAGGAUCAUGGGCUUCAGCCAUAACUCCAAAAUCUAAACCAAAACCUAAACCAGUAGCCAAAUCACAACCACCAACUCAACCACAAGCAUCAGUAGAAACUCAAGAAGCUCCAAAAGAAGAUUCAGAACAAGAACUUCAACAACCAGAGGAACCACAACAAUCUUACGAAGAAUCAUCAACUCAAGAAUCCCAACCAGAAGUACAAGAACAACAGCAACCACAAACACAACAAACACAACAACUAACUUUAGAUCAAACUCAAGCUACAAUCAACUCAGCUCCUCAAGUUGUAUUACCAAAUUCUCAACAACAAGUUAACUCUGUUGGUAUUUCAUUUGGAUCAUUAUCUAUAGGAGAAGAAGAAAUCCCAGAAUCAACACAAGUAGAAUCAAAUGAGCAAAAAUUACCAGAACAACAACAACAACAACAGCAGCCACAACAAAACUAUGGAUUGUACGAUCAACAAUCACAAAGAUUCCAACAAACUGGAUAUCAACAACCACAACAACAAGCUCAAUAUGCUAAACAACAACAAUCUCAAAUCCCACAACAACAACAAACUCAACAAACCCAACAACAACAACAAUAUGAUUAUUACAAUCAAUUUCAACAACAACAAUAUCCUCAACAAGCUGCUCAACCAGGUGCUCAAUUUGCUGGUUACCCAGGUUUCGAUUAUAAUGCUUAUAAUCAACAAGCUUUUGGAAUUGCUUCACCAGCAGCAAAUCACUCUGCUACUACUCCAUCAGGUUCAAGUGGUUAUAAUAAUUUUGCUCAACAAGCAGUUAAUGGAGGUUCUUCUGAUUCCACUCAAUCACCAGUUGUUGGUCAAUCUAUUUUACAACAACAGGCUGCUGCAUUAGCUCAACAACAACAACAACAAAUUCCUCAACCAUUUGGUUAUCCAUAUUAUAAUUAUUAUUAUAAUAAUCCUUAUUUCAAUGCUGCAAGUGGAUUAGGUAAUACCGGAUUUAAUACUGGAGCUGGAAGUGCAGGUUCAGUUGGUCAACAAUCUCAACAAAGUUCAUCUCAACAAUCAAAUCCUCAAUCAUCAAAUCAACAAUCAUCAAUAUCAAACAAUGGAUUUGGAGCUGCUCAGCAACAAUAUUAUAAUCCAAAUCAAUAUUCAAAUAGAUAUCCAGGUUAUUCAUUACCACCUCAACCUCAACAACCAAGUCAACAAAGUGGUUCAAAUUCAGGUGAAGAAAAUACUCAACAAUCUCAACAACAACAACAACAUCAUCAACAACAACAAGGACAACAAGGACAACAAGGUCAACAACAACAACCAAAUCUUCAACAACAACAAGGUCAACAAGGUCAACAACAACCAAUGCCACAAUAUGCUGGUUAUCAACAAUAUCCACAAUAUGGAUAUCAAGAUUCAACUCAAUACCGUGGUGGAUGGUAUUAA